AUGCCGACGAUAGAAGUGGCCACGUUCAUGGAGCUAUCAGAUAGCGUAAAGGAGAUGCAGGGAGCUUCUACGCUUGUAAAUAUUCCGUUAGAGCUCAAACUAUUGAUCGCCUUGGUGGCACUUUUCCUCGUUCUACUGAUUCUCAUUAUGGUGCUAUGGGAUCGCUAUGGUAAAGAGAUUGGGGAGCUCUACACAUCGCCCAUGGGCACCAUUGCCCGAAGACAAAAUACAAACGAUGUUAAAGUGCACGAUGUCGCGGACGAGUUUUCAAUUUACCAAAAAUUGCCGACCUUUUUUUACGAGUACGUGCCAAGACGGAAGACAACGACACAAAAUAAGGACAAACUAAGGGAAUGCAAGACAUAA